AUGGUGGAGCGACUGCCCCGGGCUGCCUCCCGCUGGGACCCCUCGGCCACCAGGCUCGUCCCCCACCUGCCCUCCACUAGCACCCUCCCGAUGCAAAAGGUCGGGCGAUUCGGGAGGAUGCCCCUUUCCUACGCCUCUGCUCCGAGGAGAGAGGCCAUGGCGGCGGUGUUUCUGCCCGGCAAUCUCCAGGAUGAAGCCACUUGCUCUGUCUGCCUGGAGUUCUUCAAAGACCCCGUGUCCAUUGAGUGCGGGCAUAACUUCUGCCGGGCGUGCAUCAUCAAGAGUUGGAAGGACCUAGAGAUGGACUUCCCCUGCCCACAGUGCCGAGAGGUCUUCCAACAGAAGAGCUUCAGACCCAACCGGCAGCUGGCAAACAUGUCAGAGAUUAUCAGCCAGUUCACCCUCCGCGGGGCCAAGGGUGCUGAGGAGGAUGGGCUCUGCACAAAGCAUAGGGAAGCCCUGAAACUCUACUGCAAGGACGACCGGAGAACCAUCUGUGUGGUGUGCGACAGGUCCCGGGAGCACCGGCCGCAUGCUGUGGUACCCAUCGAUGAGGCAUCCGAGGAGUACAAGGAGAAAAUCCAGGGACGCUUGGAUUUCCUGAAAAAGGAGAGGCAAGAGCUACUAGAGUUUAAAGUGAACGAUGAUAAGAAAACCCAGGAGCUCUUGAAAACCAUUGAGAAUGAGAGGCAGAAGCUGCUCUUGGAGUUUGAGAGGCUGCGGCAGUUCCUGCAUGACCAGGAACACAUCCUCCUGGGGCAGCUGGAGAAGAUGGAAAAGAACAUUGCUAAGAGGCAGAAUGAGAACAUCACCGACCUCUCCAAGGAGAUCACGCUCCUCAACAAGCUCAUCACAGAGCUGGAGGAGAAAAUCCAGCAGCCCAUGCUUGAGUUCCUCAAGGAUGUAAUGAACAUCAUAAGCAGAAGUGAUGACGUGAAGUGCCAGAAGCCUGUGGCGGUGUGCACGGAUAUGAAAAUGCACAUCUGCAAUUUCUCCCUCAAGACUGUCGUCCUUGAGAAAGUCUUAAAGAAAUUCAGAGAAAACCUGCAAGAUGAACUGGGAAGAGGUGAAAAAGAGGACCUGACCCUGGACCCAGAUUCAGCAAACCACCUCCUCAUCCUCUCUGCAGACCUCAAGAGCGUAAGGAUGGGCUGUAGGAAACAGGAGCUGCCUGACAACCCCAAGAGAUUCGACACGAACUCACGGGUGCUGGCUACCACGGGCUUCAAGUCAGGAAGACAUUACUGGGAAGUGGAGGUGGGGGCCUCGGACGGUUGGGCCUUCGGGGUGGCCAAGGAGUCCGUCAGGAGGAAAGGCCUCACGCAGUUUUCACCCGAAGAAGGGAUCUGGGCAGUGCAGCAAAACGGAGGUCGCUACUGGGCGGUCACCUCGCCCCAACGCACGCCACUGUGCCUCAACCAGAAACUCAAUAAGGUCAGGGUGUACCUGGACUAUGAAGGGGAAGAAGUCUCCUUCUACAAUGCUGACAACAUGCAGCACAUCUUCACCUUCAAUGUCGCCUUUCAGGAGAAGGUCUUCCCUCUCUUUUCGGUCUGUUCCACUGUUACCUACAUCAAACUGUGUCCCUGA